AUGUCCCGGUGUGCCACUGUACUGCGCAUCCAUGAGUGGAGGUGAACUGUGCAGUCGACUUUGGCGAAUUUCUCACAUCCGGAGGCGAAUUUCUGCGGUUUCUUCUGGGACUUCUGCCUCAAAACUGCGUCUGACCAGAGACAACAUCCCCAGGAUAUUCCCAACCAACGCACAUCGCGGAAAUAACCCAGAAGCCCAGUGAUAUUGCUGUGUGAGGUGGUGGCAAGAGAGUCGGAGGGACCAACAUCAGGGCCUGACAGAUAUCUCUGCAUCUUGUUGCUCACAAAAAAACAUCUGACAUCUACCAAAUUGAAGCAGCUAUGUUUGUGUGAUGGCCUGGUUGGACACAACAGCAGUUACAAUCAACUAAUACAAGGUGCAUCGAGCAUGCGUUAGUGGCUGGCAGUGAUCGUGAGCUGUGAUUGGUCGUCGAUCCGAUGUGGCGGGUUCGGCGAAGGUUCCUGCUGCUGGUGUUGCUGGUGGGCGUUCCCUUGGUAACGGUCGUGUACCUCGGCCUCGCACGUUAUGAUGGAGUCCGUAGUUCCUCCACCAACCUGCUGGGGUUCAGCAGCCGAGAGCAGGUGCUGGCUGACAGGGUACGGGAAGUGGAGCAGCAGAACCAGAUGCUCAGGAGACAACUCAGUGGGAUAUCGCAGAACCAGGUGCAGAGUGUGAACUAUGUAGACGGGAUCUACACCCAGAACGCCAGCACUGACGACUCCGACACAGACCCAGACAACAAGACAGACUGUGUGGUGGAGGACCAGGUCCCCAAGUGUGAGACCAUCGAGGUGGCGAUUGUGUGUGCCGGGUACAACGCCACCCGUGGUGUCGUGACCUUGGUGAAGUCCAUCCUGUUCUACAGGAAGAACCCGCUUCACUUCCACUUCAUGUCCGACAGGGCCGCCACCCUCAUCCUGCAGACCCUGCUCAGGACGUGGAACGUUCCAGGAGUAACUGCAAACUUUUAUUCUGCUGAAAACCUGAAGGAGGAGGUGUCAUGGAUCCCCAACAAACACUACUCAGGAGUGUACGGGCUGAUGAAGCUGGUGCUGACCAGGGCUCUGCCUACUGAUCUGGAAAAGGUGAUCGUGCUGGACACAGAUGUGACCUUUGCCACAGACAUCGCAGAGCUCUGGAAGCUGUUUAAGAAGUUCAAGGGCAAGAAGUCGAUCGGCCUGGUGGAGAACCAGAGCGACUGGUACCUGGGGAAGAUAUGGAAGAACCACAGGCCCUGGCCGGCACUGGGUCGUGGGUUCAACACAGGUGUGAUCCUGCUGCACCUGGAGAAACUGAGGGGGAUGAAGUGGAUGCAGAUGUGGAGACUGACGGCAGAGAGGGAGCUCAUGAGCAUGCUCAGUACCUCCCUGGCUGAUCAGGACAUCUUUAAUGCAGUGAUAAAGCAGCACCCAUACCUGGUGCACAAGCUGCCCUGUGCCUGGAACGUACAGCUGUCAGACAACACCAAGAGUGAGCAAUGCUACACGGAGGUGACUGACCUGAAGGUCAUCCACUACUCUCCCAAGAAGCUGCGUGUGAAGAACAAGCACGUGGAGUUCUUUAAGAACAUGUACCUGACCUUCUUGGAGUACGACGGGAACCUCCUGCGCAGAGAGCUGUUCGGGUGCGAGAAGGUCCAACAUCUGGACGAGGUGGAUCAGAAGGCUACCGAAACCAUCGAUGUGCUGAAUGCUCUAGAUGAGGACGACCAGUGUUACGACUUCAGGCGUGAGCGGGUCCUGAUGCACAGGACUCACCUCUACUUCCUGGACUAUAUGUAUGAGUCGGUGGAUGACAAUGACGUGACGCUUGUGGCCCAGCUCUCCAUGGACAGACUGCAGAUGUUGGAGGCUCUCUGCAGACACUGGGAAGGUCCUAUCAGCCUGGCUCUGUACAUGUCUGAUGCGGAGGCCCAGCAGUUCCUGCGCUAUGCACUCGGCUCUGAAACACUCAUGCAGAGGAAGAACGUGGGAUACCACAUCGUCUACAAGGAAGGGCAAUUCUACCCUGUGAACCUACUGAGGAACAUUGCCCUACAGCAGGUCAAUACUCCCUACGUGUUCCUGAUGGACAUAGACUUUCUCCCAAUGUACAACCUCUAUCCUUACCUGAAGAAAACUGUGGGGAUGAUGGACAUGAGGAGGCAGAAGAAGGCCUUGGUGGUCCCAGCGUUUGAAACCCUGCGGUAUCGGCUGUCCUUCCCCAAGUCUAAGGCAGAGCUGCUGUCUAUGUUGGACAUGGGAACUCUCUACACUUUCAGAUACCAUGUGUGGCAGAAGGGCCAUGCCCCCACAAACUAUGCCAAGUGGAGAACAGCAACCACACCAUACAGGGUGAAUUGGGAGCCUGACUUCGAGCCGUACAUCGUGGUGCGUAAGGACCAGCUGCCGGAGUACGACACCAGGUUUGUGGGGUUUGGCUGGAACAAAGUCUCACACAUCAUGGAGCUGGACGCACAGGGGUACGAGUUCAUCAUCCUGCCCAACGCCUUCAUCAUCCACAUGCCGCACGCCCCCAGCUUCGACAUCGCCAAGUUCAGGUCCAGCGAGCAGUACAGAACGUGUCUGAAGGUGCUAAAGGAUGAAUUCCAAAAAGACUUGCAACGAAAGUACGGCUUCUCCGCCAACAAAUACGUGGCCAACGACAGGUGAUGAUGGUGAUGGCCGGGAGGCCGGCCGUUUCCAUAGUAACCUAGCCACGCCCCUCAUCAUCCCCAUCCAGUGCUGGACCACUGCUUCUGCCUGCUGAUGUCACCCAGCCUUGUUUCUCCUGCCACGAAAUCAGGCCACUUAGAAGGAGCCAUUGUUUAGCCUACACUGUAACUCAAGUCCUUUUUUCGCGGGUAACCCACAUCCGUUGUUUGAAAAAAAAAACGGAUAUCAAAAUGUUCCAGUUUUAAACCACCGUUCAUCGACAUGAUAUCCAGAAAUAACCUGGUUUUUUUUUUAAACAAAGCGGACAUAAGUUACCCUAUGGAUAAAGGUGAAUUGACGUUACAUGUUAGUAUAAAAUUUUCAUGAUGAGUUGUUUAAAUACAAAAUGUGUUCUCUGACUCAAAGAUUGGUCUCACCACCAGAAUUUUUGGCUACAUUCUAUUUUCUGAUGUGUUUUUUUGUGUUUUGGAACAGAAGACAUUUUGGAAUUUAAAAACAUCAUAUUAAGCAAGCAAAGUGAUGAAUAUUGCAAUUCUGAAACACAAACUGUAUGACAAGCUCUUUGGAGGCUAACAUGCCCAGUGUAUUAAUAACACUGUCUAAAGUGAUUUCCCCAAAAAAUUGGCACUGAAAUGCAUUACGGGUCACAGUCCAAGGAUAUUUAGAAUUUCUUAGGAACAGUGGCUAGCCAGAGGUCAUAAAAAUGCAGGCACACCCCCUAGAGCUUAUUAACACAAUGUCAUACAUAUAGAUGUCAUUAGAUGGUAAAGGUCAAGUUCAAAAUGUGAGCAGAUGACAUUCAGUGCUCUGGAAUUAGUUGUCAUCUUAGGAAGAGUGUUAUGAUUGACAAAGGCCGUUCCUGUUAAACAAGGCUAAUGCUGCAAUGCAAGCUGCUGUUUUUCAACUCUGUAAAUAAUGAGAAACUAAGACUUAGAUCACGACAAAACUUCUUGGUCUAUAGAAUGUUAAAUGCACUCAAUAGCAAUAGAGGUCUGUGUUUCAGUGGAUAUGAUCAAUAAUAUUAGGAUUUGGGAAAAUGUGAACAAUUCAUGGGCAGAAUGUUGCAAAAUGUGGAAAGAAAAUCUCCAAAUUCAGUUUUGUUAAGUUGAGUUGGUCAUCACAAAUAAACCAGGCAGUGAUGUUACAAUAGUUUUGUAUGGACAAAGUGCCAGGUACUUUUAAGAUACAGUAUUGAGAAAAGCCCAUGUUUGAACAUUGAGAAAUAUCUGGCUCAUUUCAGUCUGCUGUUUGCCUAUCCCGGGCUUCUCAUAUGACAAUCAGGCUCAUUUCAGUUCCAUCUCUGUAGGCAUUGACUUUGUAAAUAGUUUUUUUCUUUGUCACCGCAUUUGAGGCGUGUACUUAAUUCUGUGCCAAAGAUCGUUUUGUUGUCAGAUAGAUAUUGUAACAGUAUUCUCACUAUAUGUACUUUCAAGUGAAGACACAACUUUGUUUUCUCCCUUUUUUUGUCAUAUUGACAUACGUCAGUUAAAAGUAAUUGGUGAUGCACAGACCAAGAUAGCACCAAAUCCAGUCUGAAACUUGGAAAUAUUUGUUUGGACUAAAAAAUCAGAAAAUGUAUCAACAUUUCAAAUUGUUAACUUGGUAGCUUUCUAAUUUAGAUUCAUCAUCCCUACUUUCAGAUUCUUCGAUUCAAGAUGAUGUCGGUAACAGUUGCUUUCAGAUUAUUGUACAAAAAAAGCUCUUUAAACGGGGAUGUGUCUUUAUAAGAAAGUACUAUAGAUUGUAAAAUAUAGAGAAACUUUUGAGUAGUUAUUAUAGAGGUGCCAAAUUUUGUGAAUUAUAUAUAUACUAGGUUGUGUAGUGUUCUUUGUCGAAAGUUACAAUUUUUGAUAGAAUUAGUUGUUGUAAUUGUCUUCCAUUGUUUAUUUUGUACAAGUGUCAGGACUUUGAUGUCUAGUGUAUUCUGGGUUACUGAAUUGUUUUGAAAACCACUUUCUCCUGGUAUGUUUUGUGUGUCAGAGAACAAUGUUUGCUCCCCUUAAAAAUUUGCAAAGUUUGCCUGUUGGCUAAAUUUUGACUUUUGCUCUUUGCUGUGCAAGUGAUGUGACCACCCCUUAUUUUGAAAUGGCACGUACCAUGCCCUCUUGUUCAUACUAUCAUUUUCUUGAGAUUGGACUAGUCUAAAGCAGCAAUCGGUUAAACUAGUAUCAGCUCCAGUGAUGAAUUUUGAUGAUGACAAAAUCUUAAGACGAAAAAGUAUCUUGAGUCAAGGGCCAAGAAAGAUGGAAAGAAAUGCUUCCACUCAAUAACCAUUUUGUUCUUGCAGUAAGCAUUUAUGGAAAAAUAGUAAGACAAGCUGGGAUCAACAAUACAAGUCUUAGAAAUCAAGCUGCUUUCAUGAAAAGAUAAAAAGACGCCUUGCAAAGUCAUAGUUCAAGGCCAAACUGAAAAGAUCACGACAAGGGGACCAAUCUGAUUUCUGCAUGCUAUAUAAGGUAAUUCAAGAGAUAAAUGACCAUAUUAGGUAGGACUCCUAUGGGAGAUGGGAAUGUGGUCCUGUAAAUAGACAUCAGCUAUCUCUUUUACAAAGAGAAUUUAGAAAUACAAUGUAUCUACAACAUGUGUUAACAUUAGAUUUCCGCUAGAUGUGCACGAACUAUGUUGGAUUUCCUGUACCACAGAUCUUCUAUUCUAAGCGCUGCUGGGAGAAAUAGUCUGUGGCUGUAAUCUCCAAGCAGAUGGGUGGAAAGAUGUUGGCUUUCUCAAACUUCUUGGUUGGCAGACAGAAAUCAGGGGAAGUUGAUUCGUUGAAUUUUGUUUUUGGUCCCAAAAUCAACUUGGUGAUUAGAUGGCUCUGCUGUCUGAUGCUGUGCCACAUUUUGUCAAGGAUGGUGGCUGUGGCAGUGGAAUACAGUGCCUGUACUUUGUGUCCAAGUAGAGGCCAGAUUGAGCAUUCUGUUCAUGUGCCCAAAAGAACAUUCAGCAGCUUGUUUUGGGUCCUAUUUGAGGACAAACAUUGGGUGCCAGCCUUUUUAACUCUUCUCCACUCUCUAGCUUGGUAGCUUCCCUUUGGAAGAUGACUUACGACUGAGAGAGAAAAGCUAAAAGGCUGGCACCUCGGCUUGACAAACAUUUUCUGUGGGCUCAAACUACUUGCACUUUUUUACACUACUUAAGACACACUUUUGUAGCCUGGGUACCAUCCUAUUUCUACCAGGGCUCCUUACACUCACUUCCCUAAAAAAAAUUUUUAGGGGUAGCGAGUAUAAGGAGCCCCGGUAGAAUACGGAUGGUACUCAGGCUAACACUUUUGACCACACAAUCAUAUGGAGCUUUGAAGGUUACAAGUAAUGCAUAGUGGGAACAUUAUGGACAUAAUAAGAGAUGCUUACUUGCACUAGGGACAAAAAGUGAUACAUGAUUGUAAGUAUAUCUCAUAGUUCAGACAGUUUCAUCUGCAAUAGUUACUACUAGACACGUGUUGUUAGGUUUGAGAGUCUAUUUUUGUAAACAAUGUAGAUAAUCUGUACAGUCACCCUGCACUGACGAAUGGAGGCGAACCCUACCCUACCAUAGACUGAUUUUGUAUGAAGCUGGAAGACAAAUAAAAUGAUGGAAAUUUUA